CCGGCUGGUAUUGGCUGGGCUGGUGAGCACCCAAGGGAUUGCCUGGCAGAGGCUGCGAGGCCUCGCUUCAUUCACAGAAAUGUGGGGAUGCUAGCCAGUCCUUUCAUUCACACGCGCAGCAUCUCAUUCACAUUUUGCGGUCCUGCUAGCCGCUUCUAAUGAAGAGAGCCGUUCGGGAGCAGUAGGGUUUUCUGGGCAGUAGAGACACGUAAAAAUAGGCUGUGGUGUGUAUAUUUGCUGUUGCUGUGCUAGGAGGAUGACGAGAGGAAUGAAUGCUGUGAGGAUGCUGUAGCAGGUUUGCAGUGUGGUGAUGAAAGGCUGUUCUGCAGAUCAGUAGAAAACUGCUUUACAUUGACUAGGACAUUGCUGUUAUUCAUCACUGCUGGGAUAAGAGGUGCUGACUUAAUUCAGUAUGUCAUGAAUAUACUAAUUAAAUACCUGUAUUUGAGCCGGCUGUUUCACUGUAUUUGCAUUUUGUAUACUGCAGACUUUAGCCAUGGGAGAAGGAAGGAAUUCCAUAGGAUUUUUUCCUUUAAGUUGUGCUGCAGUUAGUAAUUUAUGAAAAAAAUUACUUUGCACUCUACAACUUCUCUGGUCUGAAUUUGUUUAUAAUGCAGUGUAUUGUCCUACAUCCAAAAAAUGUUUUGCAAAGCAGAUUGAUUUAUAGGAAAAAGCCAUAUGGCUUGUGAUGGGCAUUGUGUAUCACAUUGCCGUAAACAUUUUGACUUUUAAAGAAAUUGCAGGGGAAAUGAAAUACCUGUUUUCUGCAUGGUUUGCUACUUCUCCAGAUCAAAUGUUUGUGACUGACAUUUAUACUUAAUAAAGGCGCUUUUUUUUUUUAUUUUUCACUGCAGGAUGUCAGUUUGCUGCUACCUGGACUUUUAAUAUUCUUUCAGGGGUUUUUUUUUUUCAGUUUUUCAGAACUAAACCAAACAUUCCAGUGAAUUGAAGAUCCUCUUCAUGUUUUUCUUCGGAGUGAAUAUCAGUUGUGAAAGAAAAAACAUCUGUUAAGCCUGUUGUUGGACAUCAGAAAAAUACUUUUCUUCACACAUAGGUUCACAAAUAUGUGAGGUGGAAGAACAUUUUAGCAGAAGAAUAAAGAGUGGUGUUUCAUAGAGGCUAUUAAUUCAGUUUUAAAGGACGUGAGCAAGAUGAGUAUGGGGAAAAAAGCACGGUCAGAGGAAAUGCACCUGGCAAGUGAAGAUUGGAAUCAAACUAGCAGUUUUGCCAAUAAAUCCUCUCGAGGAUGGCUGCACUCGAGUGAGAAGAUCCUGGGACCUGGUGUGACGUACAUUGUGAAGUACUUGGGGUGUAUAGAAGUCUUACGGUCAAUGAGAUCUCUUGACUUCAGUACUAGAAUGCAGGUUGCAAGGGAAGCAAUCAGUCGUGUUUGUGAAGCCAUGCCUGGUGCCAAAAGAGCCUUCAAGAAACGAAAGCCACCAAGCAAAGUCCUUUCUAGCAUCUUGGGAAAGAGCAAUCUUCAGUUUGCAGGAAUGAGCAUAAUGUUGAAUAUCUCCACCAGCAGCUUAAAUCUAAUGAAUCCAGAUACAAAACAGAUCAUAGCAAAUCACCAUAUGCAAUCCAUCUCCUUUGCGUCUGGAGGUGAUCCGGAUACUUCAGACUAUAUUGCAUAUGUAGCUAAGGAUCCUGUUAAUCGUAGAGCUUGUCAUAUACUGGAAUGCUGUGAUGGCCUGGCCCAGGAUGUCAUCAGCACCAUAGGGCAAGCAUUUGAGCUUCGAUUUAAGCAGUACUUGCAAUGUCCCUCUAAGACACCUACUUUCCCUGAUAGGAUGCAGAGUUUUGAGGACCCAUGGACGGAGGAAGAUAUCGAGGAAACAGAGCAUCCCUAUUACAACAGCAUCCCAAAUAAAAUACCUCCCCCUGGCGGAUUCCUUGAUGCCAGGCUCAAAACAAGGCUUCCCACUGGUGCAGACACAGCUCAGUCUGCAUCAGAAGUGGGAGGAGAGCAAAUUUAUUAUCAGAGCCAUCACUUAGGAGAAAAAUUCAGUGAAGAAUGGCAUCAUGGGCCUGUUGAACAAGGAUCUCUGGAUAUUUGUAGUAUGUCAGAAGACAAAUCAGAAGUAGCACCAACAGCAGAGCUGCCAACAUAUGUAAACACCCAGCAUAUAAAUAGAGAAGCUCUACUGGCACUUCAGGCAGAUGCUGAAAGUACCUUCAGUGGAACAACAGAGAAUGCUGAAGCAAGCAGCCCAGGAAAGGAUCUGUUUGACAUGAAACCAUUUGAAGAUGCUCUCAAGAAUCAAACAUCUGAGGCUAUGUUAAGGAAAUCCACCUCCAUGGGAUGCACCAGUCCUCCUUUAUCCAGAGCAGCUGUCCGGACUGAAGCUGAAGAGCUGAGUACAGAGCCGUGGUAUCAAGGAGAGAUGAGCAGGAAAGAAGCAGAACAGCUAUUAAAGAAAUGUGGAGAUUUCCUCGUGAGGAAGAGUACCACGAAUCCUGGCUCCUAUGUGCUGACAGGCAUGCACAAAGGGCAAGCCAAGCAUCUUCUUUUGGUGGACCCAGAAGGAGCUGUUCGUACAAAAGAUCGUGUCUUUGACAGCAUAAGUCAUCUCAUCAACUAUCAUCUUGAGAAUAAUUUGCCUAUAGUUUCUUCAGUGAGUGAACUCUGCCUGCAACAGCCUGCUGAAAGAAAACACUGACUCCAGAUAACUCUUUUAGUUAUUGCAACUUGCAAGCUAUAAGUGGUAGAAAUUGCAGAUCUGAAAGGAAAAUAUACAUUUAAAAAAUGCGUAUUCAUAUAUUCACAUACAUUUCACAAGUAUGUUUUAUUUAGGUUUAAGAAGCCCCAUUUCAUAUGGUACACUUGAACAUUUUCAAUGCUUUAUGUGACAUGAAAUCACAGCAAAAGGCUUUCUUAAAAGUAAUUUCAACAAAAUUGUUCAGAUUCUUUAAUGGUAAUGUUGAUAGUGUAUAUACACAUUAUAUAUAUAAAUACAGUAUAUAUUUAUAUUUUUCAAGUCAGUCUGUUGACAGUAUAAAACUAUCUUCUGUGCCAUGUGUUUUUACCAAAAAGAAAAAUGACAAUUGUGAUUGUUCAGAUAAAAAAUAGAAUUCAGCAGUCUCAAUUUCUUGAGAAAUUUAGUAACAUGAAUCUUAUUUCUGAUUUUGCCUAAGAAGCACAACUAUGGGGAUUACAGAUGGAUUAUGCUAGUUAACCGUGGAAGGAAUCUGAAUUCAGUAACUAGUAUUCCAACUGAGAAACUUAGCAUAAAAUGUUUUUUAAAAGCAUUAUUCAGUGUCACUGAUAUCAAAAGGAUUUUAUCUUUCUGACGUCAAGUUUGAAUUCUUAUACGAUGCUAUUUAAAACAUUUGUAUCUUGCUUUAGCAAUGACUUGGUGUGAUCUCUCUGUGUACAAGGUGUGCGCUUUGAUUUUUCUAAUGAUAUUGUAACAAUAUACUGUAACUUUAUUAAUUUCAGUGCUAAGGUUAUUUAUAAUUAGUUCUCUGCUUAUGGUGAAGAUCUAGGUGUCCUUGAACUAAGAGUCUCAAACAAGAUGUUGCAUAACGAUUAGACAAGUUCAAAUAACUUGUGUUUAAUAGGCUUAAUACAAGAUGUACAUGACUGUUCAAAGACAUAGCUGAAAAAUCUUUUCUUCUUAUAAGCAGUGAAAACUAUCUGAACUCAGUGGUCAGUUUUGCAAAUGAUGUCACUUGCAUUUACUUGCCAAAGCAUAACUUCAUUUUGGCCUUCAGCAAGUGAUAAGUAUUGCAAAUACACUGGUUUUUUCUAAAUACCAAGUUUAAAAAAUGAACACAAAAUAAAGAUGCAUUUCUGGCAGAAAUGCCCUUGACUUUUGGUACUUGGAAAUGCUUUAAGGGAUAUUUGUACUGUUCACAUUUAAGCAUUAUAUAAAGUUAUUCUCCCAUUCUAUGAAUCUUAUUAUGAGUCAAAUUCAAUAGACACAGUUCCUGUAAAGGCAAUACUUGUGCCAGAGUCAAGAUUUAGCCUUCAGCAAUCAAAGAUCUUCUCUAGCACCAGUCUCUCAAAUCAAAUCUUCAGACUUGAUUCAGAAAAACUCAGCAGGGUAAGUCUAGGUUAAGUACCUGCCUACUCUGCACUAUACUUAAGUUACAUUUGGUUCUAAGGAUUUGCUAAGUUUCAAAAUUUGUCAAACCAUAAUCAAACUGACUAAAGAAGUCACUUAGAAUAUAUUCAGGCAGGACUAUCAUGUUAAAAUUCUGAAAUAAUUUUCUUGUACCUUCUGCUUUUAAAUAUGGCGAAGUUGCAACAUGAAGGUUUGAUUUUGGGUAAUCUCAAAACUGGAAAUUAUUGAGACACCUAAGUGUAAUCUGUGUCUAUGUAAAAAUACACUUGAUUCUGUAAUUAAGACAUCCAGCAGCUAAACUAAGACAUUAGUGAACCAAAUGCUUGUGAUUAAUUUUACUGCAGAUAGUUAUUAUUUGAUAUUUCUAGGUCUGAAUGGGAGCUGAGAGCAAAGGAGAGCAAUUAAAUGCUGCAUUUGAAAACAAAUCAGUAUGGCACUGAAUUUAGUGGAAUUCUUAAAACUUUGUUUUACCAGACUGGGAGUGGCAAGGAAACAGGAACAGAUCUUAUAUCCCAAAGUAGUAUCCACCAAAAUGAUUUUAUUCAAGAGUCUCAAAAAAUGACUUUCUUUAUCCAUGUCUCACCAUAUUCCAGUUUGAAUUAUCUCAGUUCCUACUUUUUUUCAUAUAUAAUGCUUGUUAUUCCAUGCUCUAAACUUCCCUUAGCCGUGUUCUGGAAAGUUUUCAGUGUGAUGUCACUACCUAUAAGAGAAAGUGUCUUUUUUUCUUUGAAUAUUGCAUAUCAUUUCAGUAAAAGUCUGCUGCAUAAUGCCCUUAGGUAUCUCCAAAAAGCCCACCUGCUUCCUAUGUCUGUUUUGGAAUCCUAAAUGUCCUGGAAAAAUGUGGCAAGAUUUGGGUGUAUGAAUUGAAGGCACAAAACAUACACUGAAAUAAAUGUCUUAAUUUUUUA